AUGAAGAAUGACAUCAAUAAGACUCGUCCCCCAAACUACGGUCGCCAAGUCCCCCAAACUACGGUCGCCAAGUCCCCCAAACUACGGUCGCCAAGUCCCCCAAACUACGGUCGCCAAGUCCCCCAAACUACGGUCGCCAAGUCCCCAAAACUACGGUCGCCAAGUCCCCCAAACUACGGUCGCCAAGUCCCCCAAACUACGGUCGCCAAGUCCCCCAAACUACGGUCGCCAAGUCCCCCAAACUACGGUCGCCAAGUCCCCAAACUACGGUCGCCAAGUCCCCCGAUCUACGGUCGCCAAGUCCCCCGAUCUACGGUCGCCAAGUCCCCCGAUCUACGGUCGCCAAGUCCCCCAAACUACGGUCGCCAAGUCCCCCAAACUACGGUCGCCAAGUCCCCCAAACUACGGUCGCCAAGUCCCCCAAUCUACGGUCGCCAAGUCCCCCAAUCUACGGUCGCCAAGUCCCCCAAUCUACGGUCGCUAAGUCCCCCAAACUACGGUCGCCAAGUCCCCCAAUCUACGGUCGCAAGUCCCCAAACUACGGUCGCCAAGUUCCCUAAACUACGGUCGCCAAGUCCCCCAAACUACGGUCGCCAAGUCCCCAAAACUACGGUCGCCAAGUCCCCCAAACUACGGUCGCCAAGUCCCCAAACUACGGUCGCCAAGUCCCCCGAUCCACGGUCGCCAAGUCCCCCGAUCACGGUCGCCAAGUCCCCCGAUCUACGGUCGCCAAGUCCCCCAAACCACGGUCGCCAAGUCCCCCAAACUACGGUCGCCAAGUCCCCCAAACUACGGUCGCCAAGUCCCCCAAACUACGGUCGCCAAGUCCCCAAACUACGGUCGCCAAGUCCCCCGAUCUACGGUCGCAAGUCCCCGAUCUACGGUCGCCAAGUCCCCCGAUCUACGGUCGCCAAGUCCCCCAACCACGGUCGCCAAGUCCCCCAAACUACGGUCGCCAAGUCCCCAAAACGGUCGCAAGUCCCCCAAUCUACGGUCGCCAAGUCCCCAAUCUACGGUCAAGUCCCAAUGUCACGGUCGAAAGUCCCCCAAACUACGGUCGCAAGUCCCCCAAUCUACGGUCGCCAAGUCCCCCAAACUACGGUCGCCAAGUUCCCUAAACUACGGUCGCCAAGUCCCCCAAACAACAAGUCCCCAAAACUCAGGUCGCCAAGUCCCCCAAACUACGGUCGCCAAGUCCCCCAAACUACGGUCGCCAAGUCCCCGAACGGUCGCCAAGUCCCCCGAGACGGUCGCCAAGUCCCCCGAACGGUCGCCAAGUCCCCCAAACUACGGUCGCCAAGUCCCCCAAACUACGGUCGCCAAGUCCCCCAAACUACGGUCGCCAAGUCCCCAAUCUACGGUCGCAAGUCCCCCAAUCUACGGUCGCCAAGUCCCCCAAUCUACGGUCGCCAAGUCCCCCAAACUACGGUCGCAAGUCCCCCAAUCUACGGUCGCCAAGUCCCCCAAACUCAAGUUCCCUAA